CAAUCCCAUUGCAUCGCUAGUAACUUAGAAACAGAAACCAUGGCUGAGACUCUUUCUCUCCGCGGCGUGCUCAAGGGUCACGAGGGCUGGGUUACCUCCCUCGCCACCCCCCUCGACAACAACUCCGACAUGCUCCUGUCGUCCUCCCGCGACAAGACUGUCAUCCUGUGGACCCUGACCCGUGAGGAGGGCAACUACGGCUACGCGCAGAAGGCGCUCCGUGGUCACUCCCACUUCGUGCAGGACGUCGUGAUCUCUUCCGACGGCCAGUUUGCCCUCUCCGGCUCCUGGGACGGAACCCUCCGCCUCUGGGACCUCAACACUGGCUCCACCACCCGCCGCUUCGUCGGCCACUCCAAGGAUGUGCUCUCCGUCGCCUUCUCCGUGGACAACCGCCAGAUCGUCUCCGGCUCCCGCGACAAGACCAUCAAGCUUUGGAACACCCUCGGCGAGUGCAAGUACACCAUCCAGGAGCAGGAGGGUCACACCGAGUGGGUGUCUUGCGUGCGCUUCUCCCCCGUCACCUCCAACCCCAUCAUCGUGUCCGGCGGCUGGGACAAGCUCGUGAAGGUCUGGAACCUCACCAACUGCAAGCUCCGCACCAACCUCGUCGGCCACACCGGCUACAUCAACACCGUCACCGUCUCCCCCGACGGCUCCCUCUGCGCCUCCGGCGGUAAGGACGGCGUCGCGAUGCUCUGGGACCUCGCCGAGGGCAAGCGCCUCUACUCCCUCGACGCGGGUGACAUCAUCUACGCACUCUGCUUCUCCCCCAACCGCUACUGGCUGUGCGCGGCGACCCAGUCCUGCGUCAAGAUCUGGGAUCUCGAGUCCAAGUCCAUCGUGGACGAGCUCCACCCCGAGUUCCCCCCCGUCGGCAAGAAGUCCAUCCCCCCCUUCUGCACCUCCCUCCAGUGGUCCUCGGACGGCGCCACUCUCUUCACCGGCUACACCGACUGCCAGAUCCGCGUGUGGACCGUGUCCCGCGCCAUCGGCGGCGCCGGCGCUUUCUAAGUUAGUCCGUUAAAAGCUAGUCGUGCGUGUUGAAAUGGGAUAACACUACAUUAUACGUG